AACAAUGGAGACUGCCCUAAUCUGCAAAACACAGAUUUCAUAGUUUUCAAGUUUUCUCCUACUGUUUUUCCUAUAGUUAGAGCUUUUGAUUGAUAAAUGCAUUGAGUUCGUUUACUUUUAUUGUGUGGAAAAGAGAAAGCCACAGCCAUCUGCCUCUCAGUGUAGAUGGCCGCAUCUUAAUCCAGAUUAUGGCUGCAGCAUAAACGUUUUUUUCUUUUUUCUGGCCGCCAUUACUAGUCAGCAGUGUGUCCUUGAUAACAGACAGACAGGUCGGUUAGCCUAGCUCCAAUUAGACCAUCUGAGGGACUUCUCUGGACUUUCACCGAAAGAUUUCAGGAAAUCGCAACUUGACGUCAAGCUUGAGACUCCAGCGGGGUAAAACAAAUGGCAUUUCUAAUCAAAAGUAUGGUGGGGAACCCACUGAAGGGAAUGGGAUUUGGAGGAGGAGAGGAAAAGGCUGAGGAAGAAACCCCCAAGGACCCUGCAGCGGCCGCCGGUAUGACUAGAGAAGAAUAUGAGGAGUACCAGAAACAGCUAGUGGAGGAGAAAAUGGAAAGAGAUGCAGACUUCUUGCACAAGACAGCAGAGAGGGCGACUCUGAGGGUUUGUCUACGAGACAAAUACAGACUUCCUAAAAGUGAGCAGGACGAGAACAUGAUCCAGAUGGCAGGAGAUGACGUGGACGUUCCCGAGGAGCUGCUGAAGAUGGUGGACGAGGAUGCCACGGAGGAGGAGGAGAAGGACUCCAUCCUGGGGCAGAUGCAGAACUUACAGAACAUGGACAUGGAUCAGAUAAAAGAGAAAGCCAGUGCUACACUGACAGAGAUGAAGUCCAAGGCUGAGGAGAAGUGUUCUGUCAUGUAGCGGUUUAGCAAAUUCACACAUUUCUACAAACAAGGUCAGGUUCUUGAUGCAGUUUUGAUACAAAAACCAGGUUGGGUUUUUGAAAUACAGUUUUGAAAAUUAAAUUUAAUUUGAAAGCAUGUCAGAUGAAGUCACUCAAGCUCUACGUUCCCAAAAGCUGCAAGAUUCUGGCUCUAGAUCAGCUUUUCAGCUUCUCUUGCUUGGCUCCCAAUUUCGCUAGGACUUUUUAUUUUGUAUGUGUUGUUUGAAUAAAUGAUGUUGUAGUCUAUUCCCUCCUUUUUUUUUUCUUUUUUUUUUGCAAUAUUACCUGUAAAUAUAUCUAACAAACAUCUAGCUUGAACUUGAGGUGGAGAAGCUAUGUUUAAAUCCCCCUCCUGCUUUUUUGCACAAGGGAUGAGACGAAUGUUAUGCUGUUAUUUCUUGUUCA